AUUUUUUGUUAAAUAAUAUUUAAUAUGGAUCAACUCGCAGACCACAUUCACCUUAAAAAUAAAUUCUCUCAGGCAUAUGCUCAGCUUAAAGAAAACCCAAAUGCUUUGGGAAUUGUAAAGAACAUUCGUGAAAUUCAAGAUUACAUAAAACGUUACAAUAGAUCAUUAGGUGGUCUCACAGGACCUAGAAAGAAAAUGACUGGUGCAACAGUUGCAUUGUUGACUACUUGGAAAUGUAAAUUAGAGCAUUUGCAGAAAAAAGGCGGUAUGGUUGAUGAGCCUACAAUGCACCAAAACCAUGCUGAUGCUAUUGAUGCAAGAAUUCAAUGGAGUGACUUAGAAAGUGCUUUUAAAAACCGAAUGCGAACUGGAAUGAUUAUUAAUAUAUUACAUAAAAAUUUAGAUUUAUUUCUUGAAGAUGCAAAAGUGAUGUUAAUUGAUCGUUUAGAGAAUGAAUUAAGCAAAAAAAGCGCUAUUAAACUUAAUACAAUUUUGGCUUGUAAUUUUCAAAUUGUUAAACAAGAAGAAAUAGAAAUUGAGACAAAAUAUUUUAGUGAUGGAUGUAUGGAAAUAUUGCAAUCAUCAAAUCUUGAUGAUAUUUUAUCAAAUAACUUUGAGAUACUUAAAGCUGAUUUGGAAGAGAAAGAAAUGCGUGGUUCAGGUUGGACCUUGCAUGAAAUUCUACAUUUGGAAAUAAAUAUAAACGACUAUGUACCUUUACGUGGUGGUUCAUCAACUUUUAUUGAAAUGCCUGAUUGGAUUAUAAAAACAAAAUCAGUUGUAAACGUUAUAAACUAUAAAGAUAAUAAUUGCUUUAUUUGGAGUGUGUUAGCUGCCAUGCACAAGGUUCCACAUCCAAACAGAGUCAGCUCAUAUGAAAGAUACAAGAAUGAUUUAAAUCUAGCUGGAAUAACUUUUCCAAUGAGUUGGUGUAAAAUCAAACAAUUUGAAAAAAAUAACAAUUUGAGAAUAAAUGUAUAUGGCAUUGAUAACACUGAUGAUUUAGAUGAUGAAUCCAAUGAUGAAGAAGGUGAUAGCGUUGAUGAUUCAAAUGGUACAAAUAAGAAAAAAAAAAAGAGACGUCUAGAAAGGAUUGUUCCAUAUUAUUUGAGUAAUAAUGAUGCAUCAAAUCAUCCAACAAUUCAUCUUUUAAUUAUUGAAAAGCCUGAGAAAAAAGUUGAUGGAUUCCAAGAUGAAUCAGCAGAUGAAGAUGAUGAAGAAGAAGAAGAAGAUGAAGAUGAUGAAGAUUAUGAUGAGUAUGAUUUUAAUAAUAUUACAAAUAAAAGAAAACUUGGUGAAUUCUCAAACCAUCACUUUGCCUACGUUAAAAAUUUAUCUAGGUUAAUUAGUGCACAAGUUUCAGCAUAUAAUGGUAAAAAAUUUAUAUGUGAUCGUUGUUUAUCAUAUUUUCAUUCUCAAAAAUCAAUUGAUUCUCACAAUCCUGCAUGUAGAGAAAAAAACCAAUAUGCAAUGGUGAUGCCAACAGAAAAAAACAAUAUUUUAAAGUUUACAAAUUACAAAUACCAGCUUCGAGUGCCUUAUGUAGUAUAUGCUGACCUGGAAAGUAUAUUAGAAAAAGUAACAGAUAAUUCUAAUAAUUCAUUGAAAAAAACAAUUAAACAAAAACAUAUUCCAAGCAGUGUAGCAUAUUAUGUUAAAUGUUCUUAUGAUAAUACGCUCUCUAAAUUUAAAUUAAAAAGAGACAAAAAUUGCAUUGAAUGGUUUAUUAAGGAACUUGAAGAGCUGUCACACAAUGUUGAUAAUAUACUUGAAAAUAUCAAACCGAUGAAUCUUACUUUUGAUGAAGAAUUGCAAUUUUUUAAUGCAACAAAGUGCCAUAUAUGUAAAAAAUUGUUCACAGCAGAAAACAUUAAGGCACGUGAUCACUGUCAUCUCAGCGGGGUGUAUAGGGGGCCGGCUCAUGUUGCAUGCAACCUAAAUUAUCAGACAUCUUGCAUAAUAGCUGUGGUAUUUCAUGGUCUCAGUAAUUAUGAUAGCCAUUUUCUAAUUAAAGCAUUAAAAAAACAAUUUCCAGGUGAUAUUGAUCUUUUGGCUUUAAAUAAGGAAAGUUACAUAAGCUUCACUAAACGUGUUAAAGGUACUAGAAUUAAAUUACGUUUUAUAGACUCUUAUAAAUUCAUGGCUAGCUCAAUAAGUACACUCGCUAAUGAAUUAGAUGAUAAUGAUAAAAGUAUAAGUCGUAGUUAUUGCGACAAUUUAGAAGAAUUCAAAUUAAUAACAAAAAAAGGUAUAUUUCCAUAUGAUUAUAUUGAUUGUUGGGAAAAAUUUGAUGAAGAACAAUUGCCCUCAAAACUUGAUUUUUAUUCUCAACUUAAUGAAGAGCAUGUGAGUGAUGAUGAUUAUGCUCAUGCUUGCAAUGUAUGGAGAGUAUUUAAAUUAAAAAAUCUGGGAGAAUACUCAGAUUUAUAUCUCCGUACAGAUGUUCUUCUUUUAGCUGAUAUAUUUGAAAAUUUUAGAUAUUUUUGUUUGAAAACCUAUGAUUUAGAUCCAGCUCAUUAUUACACACUCCCAGGGUUGAGUUUUAACGCGAUGCUAAAAUAUACAGAGAUUGAGUUGGAAUUAUUAUUAGAUGCUGAUAAAUUAUUGUUUAUUGAGGGAGGUAUUAGAGGUGGCUUAUCACAAUGCUCACAUCGUCAUGUCAUUGCAAAUAAUAAGUAUAUGAAAGAAUACAAUCCAAAUAUUAGAGAUUCAUAUUUAAUGUACUUUGAUGUUAACAAUUUAUAUGGUUAUGCAAUGGCUUCUACACUACCAGUAGGUAAUUUUCAGUGGGUUGAGAACUUUGAUAUAAAUUCAUUACAAUCUAUUGGGGAUGAUGCUGAGUGGGGUUAUAUUUUGGAAAUAGAUCUAGACUAUCCAGUAGAGCUUCAUGAUGAACAUAGGGAUUUACCUUUGGCACCAGAAAGACAAAUACCUCCUUUAUCUACAAGUAAAUGUCCAAAAUUAUUAGCAACUCUUUAUCCUAAAGAAAAGUAUGUAAUUCAUUAUAGGAAUUUAAAACAAUACGUAUCUCUGGGGUUAAAAAAGUCAACACGUUCACAGAGAAUAAUUAAAUUAGUAUCAAGAUAUGGCGGUCGAGGUGGAGCAAGAGCUUUAAUAUCAAAACCUAAUUUUCACAGCUCUUUAAUUAUUGAUGAUUUAGUUAUUGUUGAAAUGAAACGAUUGAGCAUCCUUUUUGAUAAACCAAUAUAUGGUGAUAAUGUUAAUUUUGUAUAUAUGGAUACUGAUAGUGCAAUUUUAGAAAUUUUUACACCAGAUAUCUAUGAGUUUAUUCGUAGAGAAUGUAAUAAUUUUGAUACAUCUGAUUACCCUCUAAAUAAUCGAUAUAACAUUCCUCAAAAAAAUAAAAAAGUACCAGGUAUUAUGAAGGAUGAAUGCAAUGGGAAAAUUAUGAAGGAAUUUGUUGGCUUACGUUCGAAAGCAUAUUCAUUUCUAGUUGAAGAUGAGACUUGUAUCAAUAAUGUAAAACUUCAUAAAAAAGCUAAAGGAGUAAAAAAAUCAUCAAUGAAAACGAUUACUUUUGAAGACUAUAAAAAUUGUGUUGAAAAUCAUGUUCAAAUAUCUAGAAAACAAAAUUUAAUUCGCUCUGAAAGACAUCAAGUUUAUACAAUUACCACAGAAAAAAUAGCUUUAAGUUGGAAUGAUGAUAAGAGAGAACUUAUUGAUGGUAAAAAUUAUACUCUGCCUUGGGGUUAUGCAAAAGAACUUAGAAAUAAAAUUAAAUAA